UUGCCGUUGCAGAAGGAGUCGUCUGCCAAUUGCAAAAAAAUAUUAUAAAAAACAAUAUGAUAUGCAAUACGAUAUAUAGUCGGUUAAGGCUGUGAACAGUUUUAAUGUUCCUAAUUUUGGCUUUUAAUACGAGGUGCAUUGUGUGUAGACUGUGUAGUUUGUCAAAUAAAUGAGCGGGGAAGCGGCUGUCAGUGAUAUUGAUUUAUUUUUCAAAGAAGUUCAAACUUGAGAGGUGGUUUGAGGAUGAAGGAGUGCCUGUGAUGAGUGGGCCGUUGUUCGUGCAGGAAAGGAUCUCGUGGAAAUGCCGGGGAGUGGUAGAAUGAGCGGCCAAGAUGAAGACUAAGAGUUUCCUGCUGUUCUCGACGUCGGUGUUCGCGACUAGUCUGUUCCUGAUAGUAUUCCACUCGCAGCAGCCGCAGUCCAUCCAGAAUAUUGUGUCGCAGACGCACCAGCACAUCAAGGACUUCCAGGUUGUUUCCCCACAGGACAACCUUCGAGAUGUGGAAGAGAACCACUUGGUUGAAGAGGAGCGCUACCUCAAGAUCCUGGGUCUCUCAGGGCAUGUGGAAACCUGGCACAACACGACAGUGCCGGUAAUAGUGACACAUGUCCGGGACGACCCUGCCAUGGCUGUGAGCUUUGUAAGGGCUGCGGCGAGGCUGCCGUACACUGUACUACUGUACAAUUUAGGAUUAAAACCCAACUCAUUGGCUGUGGUGUCGAGCUACUGCAACUCCUCGCGCUGUGCAGUCAUCGACUUCGACCUGGAGACUUUUCCUUCCCACGUGAGUGACGAGAGCAUCACAGCAUAUCGUCCGCUCAUCAUACAGCACGCGUUAUCCCGCGUAGGCGGCGUCAUCUUCGCGGAACCUAACCAACGCUGGACGGGAUCGCCAGCCUCUCUCACUGCAUUAUGGACGCGAGCGGCACACUCUGGUGUUCUGGCGUACCCUCGCCGCGCCGCUGUGACGUCAUUCACUCAUCCGCGCAUGUUUCAUUACUUAAACGCGGCGCUAGACGACUUCCUCUUCGUGCAGAUGCUCGAACUCACAAGGUUGUUGGUAGCGGACACGCCGGCGGUGAAGGAGGUGAUGCGGCCGUGGGUGCAGUGCGCGCUCACGCAGGACUGCAUCAUGCCUAUAGGUGCCCAAGCAGCAGGCGGUUGCCGUUUCGACAAGAAGCCGCAAUACCGCUACUCGGGCUGCCACGGGCAAGACGCCUCGGCCCUCAGCAUCAUCCUCGGGCUCCGCUCGGGCUUCGAGGAGAGCUCGUACGCCCCGCGGGGGCCCGCGGCGUGGCGGCGGGAGGAGCCGGCGCGCGCGAGCAGGGCGCUGGCGGCGUUACAGAAGAAUGCCACAGAGGACGCGAGGACGGACCGGAGUGAGCGGCAGGUUAGCUUGCCACAACAAUCAUAAAAUGUCAAUGCUAAGUAUCAUUGCUGAGUUAGAAAACCUUUAUUAAUUAGGAACUGUGGCCUGAAGAUGGGACGAAGUUGAUUUUUGUAGGACGUUGGCGUCACAGAAGAAUGCUACGGAAGAGGUCAGACCGUAGUGAGAGGCAGGUUAGCUUGCCGCAACAGUUGGGAAAUUAUGUACGUCAAUGCAAUUAUCAAUGCUUAGUUUAUAUUGAAGCUGUGGCCUGGAUAGAACCGAGCUAACGCGGGGCAUUGGCGCUCCAGAAGAAUGCUAUGUUAAAUGCAAGAAUUGAUUAUAGUGAGAGGCAAGUGAGCUUACUGCAACCAAACUAGGAACUUAGCAAAUUAAAAUAAAAACCUAAUGAUUUGGAGCUGUGGCCUGAAGCAGAAAUGAGCUAAUUCUCGUAUGAAGUUUGCUAAACCACACUAGAAACUUAGCUAAUGUUAGAAUUUUGCAUUGCUUAACACUUUCGCAACCGGGCAAAAUUUUGAACAAUACCCCAGAAACCGGUCGUCUAUAGCUGCGUAUAAAACAACCCGCCGGGCGGGUUGUCCGGCAUCUGAGCAAAGUUCACGAGUGCCUGCCAGGCGCUUUCUUGGUAGUCAAAGUGUUAAUUAAAGAACCCCAAUACAUCGGAGCUGCUAAUGUCAGAAUACUGCUAUAGAAGUCGCGUCGCGUUAUGAAGAAUUUUCGCUACAUACCGAGAAAGCCAUGGUAGCGACGGCUACAAGUACAAAUGUAGCUGAACAGUGAAUUAUUUAAGACUUUUAAUACAUAGGAUCUCAAGGAUGUCCAUAAAACAUCGGUUUUAGGGGAAAUUCUCCCCCUGACGCCAUACUAUACCUACGUACAACAUCACAUUAUCAUAUUAUAAUAGCAAUAAUAAUAUUAUGAAUGAAUGAAUGAGAGCGUUUAUUCACAAUGAACGUAUGUUAACAUAAAAUCUUAAUAUAAAUACGGUUCUCUGCCUUUUCGCCGAAAAUUGUAUUGCAGAAUUUCACUUGGCAACCAACUUUUCGCCAAAGUUUCAUUUGGCCGAAUUUCAUUUCCCAACUUUACAUAAUCCAACCUAACCUAACCCAACCCAGUGCGUCAUUUUCAUUUCCCAACUAUGGGGUUGGGAAAUGAAAUGGUUGCGAAAUAAUUAUUUGGUUAACCAUUGGUUUGUCAAAUGAAACUUUGGCGAAAAGUUGGUUGCCAAGUGAAAUUCGGCAAUACAAUUUUCGCCGAAAAGGGAGUACAGCAUAAAUACAUUGCUUCCCCAUUAUACAUUCAGUCAAGAGAUUCAAGAUAGACAUGUGAAAAUAAUUUUCAGUGUUAUAUAGUCACAAUUUGAUUUACAAUUUGAUACAAUUACAAGAUUAAUUACAAUUUUCGCAAAUGUUUAUAAUAGUAGGUAAAAUUUAGUAGGGAAGCGUGGGGGAAUUGGAGCCUAUUAAGUAUAUUUAUUAAUAACUUUUAUAACAUAUUUAUAUUAUAAAAGUUAUAAUACUAGCGUGUUAGUGCUUUUUUAUAUUUGUUAUAAUUAAAAAAUGUUUUAAUUAUGGACGAAAGCGUUGCUUAUCUGGCUACUCAUAAUCAGAAAAAAAAACACAAAAAUAAAAUCAUCAUCAUCGG